CACAUGGUUCCAGUUCCACCCAACCCUUGAGUUUUGAGAACCCCCUCUCUAUUAUUAUUUGAAAUAAUAAAUAAAUAAAAAUGUAUGAAUGAAUAUGUCAAUAGCUAAGGUUGUCAUCGAGACUAUUACAGCUUGCGCUGAGCUAGAUUCUUGCUGAACUGAACCUGUUCUUCUCCUGUCAGUAUUUGAAUUAAAGUUUCUUUCAAAACAUCCAAAAGGGGCACUUCAGUUCAGAAUUCAGAUUUCUCUUGUGCUCUCUACCUUGCUUAAUAUUGGUUCUGCUGGAACUGUACAAAGAGUCUUCCUACGAUUCGAUUAAUUAGCUUCAAAGAGAGAAAAAAUUUGAAAGGAAAAAAAAAAAUCCUCAGUGAGUGGUUUUUCCUUUCGUUUCUAGAUGCCACAAUGAUUGAUUGGAGAAAUAUUGGUUUGUUUAUCUGUGCUUUAUCAAUCUUGCCCCUUGUAUGCUUUUGUGCCACCUUUGUUCCAGAAGAUAAUUAUCUUAUAGAUUGUGGUGCACCUGCGACUACUUCAGUAGGUAGGCGCAAUUUCACAUCGGAUAGUUCAUCCAAGGGUCUCCUCUCCACACAAGAUCAUAUUCUUGCCACUACCAGCUUAAAAUUAAACACUUCCUCUGAUGAUUCACCUCUCUAUAAAACCGCGAGAAUCUUCACUGGAUCCUCAAAGUAUACUUUUCCAAUUAAGCAAAGGGGGAGACACUGGAUCCGUCUCUAUUUCUUCCCUUCCAAUUAUGAAAAAUACAAUUUGAGUGUUACAAAUUUCACUGUUGCAACUCAAGACCAUGUCCUUUUCAGUAGCCUCAACAUGCAGAAAGAUCCUGUCAUGAAGGAGUACUCAGUGAAUGUGACCUCAGACACCCUUGUUGUGACCUUUACCCCUUCACAAAAUUCCACUGCUUUUGUGAAUGCCAUUGAAGUUGUUUCUGCCCCUGAUGACCUAAUUGGUGAUGAUGCUUCCGUGUUAGACCCAUCAGAAGCCUAUUCUGGGUUGGUCACACAGGCACUGGAGACAGUUUGGAGGAUUAACAUGGGUGGUCCAGUUGUGACCCCUAUGAAUGACACCCUUCAAAGAACUUGGAUUCCAGAUCAAAGGUUUCUUUUGGAGCCCAACCUUGCCUCAUUUUUUUCUAAUAUUGAUGCUGUUCAGUAUGAGAAAGGAGGGAUAGCAACAGAAAACACUGCUCCCCCUACUGUUUAUGGUACUCUCACACAGAUGAAUUCGACUCAUGAUCCACGUAAUAUUUUCAAUGUGACAUGGCAGUUUGAUGUGAAUCCAGGAUUUCAGUACCUUGUUCGGCUUCACUUCUGUGAUGUAGUCAGUAAAAGCCUCAAUGAACUCUACUUCAAUGUUUAUAUUAACUCCAAGCUGGCUCUCUCCAAUGUUGAUCUCAGUGUUUAUAGCAAUAAUGUCUUGGGUGUUCCAUAUUUUAAAGAUUUGGUUACACCCUUGGCUGACAAGAAUACGCUUCGCCUAAGUAUUGGCCCUUCUGAUUCAAGCAUGGGAAAUUUUCCUAAUGCCAUUUUGAAUGGGCUGGAGAUCAUGAAAAUGAACAAUUCUAUGGGCGGUCUUAUUGGAGGAGCAGCAUCUGUGGCUAUUACUUCUGGUUCAAGUUCUAAGAAAAUUGGCGUGAUUGUGGGUAUGAUUGUUGGGGUAGUUGUUGCAGUUGUCUUGGCUGGAGUUUUCUUUGUACUAUGCAGGAAAAGAAGAAGGUUGGCUCAAAGGCAGUCAAAGACAUGGGUUCCUUUAUCUGUCAAUGAUGGAACUACUUCUCAUACCAUGGGAAGUAAAUAUUCUAAUGGCACAACACUAAGUGCUGCUUCAAACUUUGAGUACCGUGUCCCAUUUUUGGCGGUUCAGGAAGCUACAAACAACUUUGAUGAGAGUUGGGUUAUUGGGAUAGGUGGCUUUGGAAAAGUGUACAAGGGAGAGUUAAGUGAUGGUACAAAGGUAGCAGUUAAGAGGGGGAAUCCACGGUCCCAACAAGGACUUGCAGAAUUCCGAACUGAAAUUGAAAUGCUGUCUCAGUUCCGCCAUCGCCAUCUGGUGUCUUUGAUUGGUUAUUGUGAUGAAAGGAAUGAAAUGAUCUUGAUAUAUGAAUAUAUGGAGAAGGGAACUCUCAAGAGUCAUUUAUAUGGCUCUGGUCUGCCAAGCUUGAGCUGGAAGGAGAGGCUUGAGAUAUGCAUUGGAUCAGCUAGAGGGCUUCAUUACCUUCACACUGGCUAUGCUAAAGCAGUUAUUCACCGUGAUGUGAAGUCUGCAAAUAUCCUACUUGAUGAGAAGCUAAUGGCUAAAGUUGCUGAUUUUGGAUUAUCAAAAACGGGGCCUGAAAUUGACCAGACACAUGUGAGCACAGCUGUCAAGGGGAGUUUUGGAUACCUUGAUCCAGAGUAUUUCAGGAGGCAACAACUAACAGAAAAGUCAGAUGUGUAUUCAUUUGGGGUGGUUCUGUUUGAAGUUCUUUGUGCAAGACCUGUCAUUGAUCCGACACUUCCUAGAGAAAUGGUAAACUUGGCCGAAUGGGCAAUGAAAUGGCAGCAGAAAGGGCAGUUGGAGCAAAUCAUUGAUUCAACACUUGCAGGCAAAAUCAGACCAGAUUCUCUGAGAAAGUUUGGAGAAACUGCUGAGAAAUGCUUGGCUGACUAUGGUGUUGACAGGCCUUCUAUGGGAGAUGUCUUGUGGAAUUUGGAGUAUGCUCUCCAACUUCAGGAGGCUGUGGUUCAAGGUGAUCCUGAAGAAAACAGCACCAAUAUGAUUGGUGAACUAUCUCCACGGGUCAACAAUUUCAAUCAGGAUGCAAGUGCUUCUGUAACUGUUCCGCCCUUUGAAGGCUCAAGUGUGGAUGAUCUGUCUGGUGUUUCUAUGAGUAGGGUGUUCUCACAGUUGGUGAAAUCUGAGGGUAGAUAGAUAGCUCUGGAUAUCCUAUCUUAUAAAUUCUGUAUAACUUUGCUCUUCAGUUAUGAUUUUUGUUGUUUGUAUUCUUGUCACUAGUUCUCUGCCACAUGUAAGAUUAGGCACAUAUGGAUUUGUAAAGAAAGAUUGAGUUAAUGAAACAUGUUUGCUUAAUUGGUAGUCAGAGCAUCUUCUUGUUGAAUCUCUGGCUUGUCAGGUUUGAAUUGAUUGAUCUUGAAAAUCAAGCAUAAUUCAGGUGUACCUUUCAGCUGGAGAAAUACAUGAAUCAGCAAGUGUGGCAAAGUUAUCCGAUUAUUCGUCCAUAAUAGAGUUGAGUUACAUGUUUUGAUUUUGUAUCCUUCAUAUACUUUUUGUGAACAGAGAGAGUAUUGUAGGAGUGGGUUUUAGCCAAUUGCCCAGCAUGCAGCUUCUCUGAGAUAAUACUGCAUAUGUAUCAUUGCUAUACUGUUCAAUUAGUGUUAAUACAAGUUACAUGGUUUGUUAUA